CGCGCAACCCAAACAACACACACUUUACAAAAAUAAACAUUUAUAAAUAAUAAUUUAUACAGAAUUAAAUACAGAGAGGAGCGAACAUGAGGAGACUGAAUGCUGCUGGAACAAUAGACAGUAAAUCAGGUUCUGCAGGACUCGCCGCUGUGCACCGUAACUAUAGGGACACGUUUAUAAGCACAGAGCGUUUUAAUUCAGGCAGGAUUCAUCUGAUAUAAACGCUUUCAACUCUCGGUUCAACCGAACGGAACACGAGAUGUCUGCAGGAGGCAAAGGGGUGGUCAGGACCGCGGUGGCUGAGGGUCGUCUGGAGGUUCUGCAGAUCUAUAAACUCCUCCAGUGUGUACGUGAGGGGAACAGGAGCCGGGUGGAGAAGAUGGUCCAGCUCGGCGUUCCCAAUCUAAUCAACCUGACAGACCCGAGGGAGGGAAGCGGAGUUCUGCACCUGGUGUCGGUGGAGAACGAUCUGGACAUGGCCGAGUUCCUCCUGACUUUAGGUGCUCACCCUGACGUCCAGGACAGAAGAGGACGGACCGCCGUGAUACUUGCCGCAGAGCUCGGCCACGAUGGCAUGAUGGAACUUCUGGCUAAGAACCGUGCCAACAUGAACCUGGUGGAUAAUGAGGGGAAGGGAGUGCUGUUUUACUGCAUCUCUCCUACGAAGAGACACGCCCGCUGCCUGCAGGUGGCGCUCAACAGCAACGCGAACGUUAACAACGUCUCUAACGGCGGUACGCCCGUGUUCCUCCUGGCCUGUGAACACGCCGAGGAGUGUGAGAGCUUCUGCAUCAGCAUGCUGGAGAGAGGAGCCGACGCCAACUCCACCCACCAGGUCACAGGUCGUACAGCUCUGAUGGAAGCAGCGAGAUCAGGAUCAGUGAGGUUGGUGAGAUCCAUCCUACAGAGAGGAGCGAAUCCCAACCUGCUGGAUAAAGAGCGAGUGCACGCUGCUCACCUCGCCGCACGCCACGGACACUUCCAGGUAUUGCUGGUGCUGUCGGCGUACUCGGCUGAUCUGGGCGUGGUGUCUGUGGAUGGGAACACGGCGCUGCAUGUAGCUGCUGCUGGAGGUCACGCUGAGUGCUGCAGGUUCCUCACACAGAGGGGUUGUAACCCAAAGCUGAAGAACCUUCUCGGUCUGGUUCCUCGUCAGAUGGCUAAAGAACACGGCCACAGUGCAGCGCUGAAGGAGCUGAAGAAGGCCGAGCGCUCGUUUACUAAGUUCUCCAGACCCGGUGUGGAUAAUCCUAACCAGCUGUGGGCUCUCAGACUGCACGACUGGUCGCACGAGCACCAGGAGACGUUAAGGAAGGUCCUCCAGCCCCCGGAGAGCCCCGGUCCUCCUGUGGAGAACGUAUCUAAGGAGGCUUUCACAUCGGUUCUGCAGAGCCAUCGUGCUCCGGUGGAUCAGGAACAUCUGCAGAAGAUCGUCUCUCUCCACGACGUCAAGCGAGACGGCACCAUCAACCUCGAAGACUUCUUCAAGGGUCUGAAGUACCUUCAGAAGGCCUUCGUCCUGUCCUCCUACGCCCCCAAACAGAAGAAGAAGGGCGGGAAGAGUGGGAAAGGGAAGGGGAAGAAGGGGCGAGGGGCGUUCGUGGCUCCUCUGCCCAUCUGCACUCGCCCCCCCGACACCAUGGAGAGGCGAGGAGACGGGGGGCCGCCGCUCUUCAUGAUCGAGAGCUACCAGCCGUUCACCGACACUAAGCGCUUCGAUCGAGACCGGCCCCCGGCGCACCCGGUGGAGGACGACUCGGCGUGGUAUGUGGACGAGCCCGAGAGGAUCUACACCCACAUCAACCGCUCGGUCCGGACAGACGACUUCGAGUCGCUGUGCCUGGCGUUCAGCGAGGGCGUCCCCGUGGACGUGAGGGACCCGUUCUACAAAACGCCGCUCAUGGUCGCCGCCGGCAGCGGGAACUAUCAGAUGGUCGAGUUCCUCAUCAGCCUGGGGGCGGAUGUGAACGCGAGCGAUCAGUUCCGCUGGACGCCGCUCCAUCACGCGUGUCACGCCGGACAGGCGGAGAUCACCGAGCUGCUGCUGAAGCACGGCGCUCUGCUGGACGCCGAAGCUCUGAACGGAGCCACGCCCCUCAUGAGAGCCAUCCAGAGCUGCAGGAGCUCCUGCGUGGACCUGCUCAUCAGAUCCGGGGCCAAAGUCAGCGCCCAAAAUAAGAAAGAUCAGAGCUGUCUGGACGUGGCCCGUCUGUACGGAGAUGAAAGGAUCAUUGAUUUGGUUAAAACCAAGUUGGACGCCCUACCAAAGCUGAAGGAGAACAGGAAAGGAUCAGCGAGUCCAUCAGUGAGAGCAGCUCCUCCUGCACCACCACAGAAGGUUCGACCCACAACCAGAACGUUUACUGCUCUGCUGGUUCUGAUGGUCCGGGCGUGGCAGGUGACCUGCUCUGGGUGUGUUUUGUUGCAGGAUGUUCUAGCAGGACCGAGGGUGACGGGGGUGAACCUGAAGGAAAACAUCAUAACCAUAAACCCUCAGAACACCGCCAGCGCCGGCACCGCCACCACCGUGCAGAAACUCGACAUUCGCUUCACUCCCAAAACUGUGUGGGGGAAAAGGUUGGCAUCUUCGGCUCAGCACUUGGAGAGGAGGGUGGACAGGAGGAACCUUCUCUCAUAUGAGGUGGAUUUUAAGGAUUCCGUUACACCCUUCAUGAAGAACAUAAACAGGAAGCUGAUGGAGACGGGCGUGGUCUGAUGGACAUGUGUUCGGCUGACCUUAAACAGAGAAAGACAAACUGAAAUAAACUCCUUUACUCAA